UGCUUUAGCUGGGGUAGUCCCAUAGCCAACUUCAGUUCCUGAUUCAGUAAGUAAAUUAAAUGCCAUGUGCCUCCCUUCCUCUUUCACUCUGCCUUGUUGGUACUCAGAAACAGCCUGGUCCUGACGAACUGCUGCUUCAGCACUGACAGCCAGCUCUUUCACAGGCCGCCACCGAAGCAGAAACCCUAAACACAAGGACAAGGUGGAAAGUACGUUUACUCCAGUACUGUACAAUUUAAGUACAAUUUUGAGCAGUCAAGAUGUUCCCGUACUGUUGGCUUGCUCUGGUGGCUUUAAUCCCCAUGACCUUAAGCACUAAUCCUGGGGUAAAGGUCAAACUAACAGAAAAAGGCCUUGAAUAUGGCAGACAACUGGGGAUGGCUUCAAUCCAGCAGAAACUCAAAUCCAUCAAAGUCCCAGAUAUUUCAGGGACAGAGUCAGUGUCUCCCAUUGGCGAUGUCCAGUACAGCCUGUCGGAUAUGCAAAUCGUGGAUGUGGGAUUGACAAAAUCUGCGGUGGACCUGGUGCCAGGGACCGGUUUGAGACUGUCCAUUGACAACGCCUUCAUCAGUCUGCAUGGAAACUGGAGGGUCAAAUACUUCCGAAUAAUAAAGGAUAGCGGUUCUUUCGAUUUGAAUGUGAAUGGACUCACUAUCACUAUCAGCAUUGCCAUCCAGAGUGAUGAGACAGGCCGACCUGUGGUCAGUACUGUCGACUGUGCGGCCACUGUCGGCAGUGCGAGCAUAGUGUUCCAUGGUGGAGCCAGCUGGCUGUACAAUCUCUUUGAAAGCUUCAUUGACAGGGCUUUGCAAAAUGCACUGCAGAAACAGAUCUGCCCUCUGGUGGCUGAUGCAGUAUCUGAUUUGAACCCUCACUUGAAAACUCUCAAUGUUGUAGCCCAAGUGGACCAGUAUGCAGAGAUUGAAUAUUCCAUGGUGUCAUCGCCCACAGUUUCAAAUUCUUCCAUAGACCUGAGCUUGAAGGGUGAAUUUUACAACAUUGGGGAGCAUCAGGAGCCUCCAUUCUGCCCCACAGCCUUUUACCUGCCACCUCAGAUCAACAACAUGUUGUACAUCGGCAUGUCUGCAUUCACCGCCAACUCUGCAGCCUUCGUCUACAACAAAGCGGGAGCCCUCAGCCUGUACAUUACCGAUGACAUGAUCCCACAAGCCUCUCCCAUCCGACUCAACACCAGAACGUUUGGAGCCUUCGUCCCGCAGAUUGCCCAACGCUUUCCAGGGCUGAUGAUGAAACUGCUGGUGAAGACGGUGAACAAUCCCACCGUCACUUUUGAACCCAACAAUGUGACAGUUCAAGCCAAUGGCACAGUGACGGCCUACGCAAUCCAGCCAAACGCCACUCUUACCCCUCUCUUUGUCCUAAACUUGGAGACCAGUGUCAGCGCCAAAGUGUUUGUCAGCGCGAUGAGGCUGGCUGGAGCUGUCACCCUAAACAAAAUGGGUCUGACCCUGGGGACCAGUUACGUGGGAGAGUUUCAGGUCAAAUCCCUCGACAACAUCUUCCAAAUGGUCCUCAAAGUGGUAGUGAUACCUAAAGUGAAUGUUCAACUUGCAAAGGGAUACCCACUUCCUACACUUGGAAAGAUGAACCUAGUGAACACUCAGCUUCAGGUCCUGAAGGACUAUAUGCUGAUUGGGACAGACGUUCAGUUCACGGAUUGAAUGGCAUUUCUGGAAACUUCCAGGAUUCACUUCUACACUGGGACAUGCCAACAUAAAGGCACAAACAGCCAGUACUUCUAUGUGACAGAGAAAUUUCAAAGAAACAAUCAAUGAUACCAGUAUUACUCCUACAAGCCUGAGAAAUGCACAUCUCCAGUUUGCGUUUGAUAUCACCUCAGAUUUUCAGACCAAGGUAUUUCUACAUAUAAAAUGUAGAUGAGGACAGUGAAUUUACCACAACAGUGUAAAUGCAGUCUUGUCAUAACAGGACGCAGUCUGCAGUACAGGGUUUACUUUUCAUUCCCACAAACAUCUUUUUGAAAUAACAUGCUCCUUCCAAAGCAGAUCACAGAUCAGUGUCUGCUGCUGACUUUAGGCAAAUUCUUUCUCAGUUUCUGACUUUGUAACUGAUUCUGGAAAUGUAAUGAUGUAUGACAAGUUUGAGUCCCAUAAAAGAUGCCAUAACAUUAA